GGGACUCAUACACCCGGGACACAGGCACCCAGGACACAGGCCCUGGUCCAGCCCAACCCGUGGGAAGAGCAUUUUUCUGCCAUUGCUGACACUUUCAGGUGACAGAUUGAGGGAAGAGCCACUCAUUCUGUAGAAAGGGCCAGGAAAGAGGUGCUAUUUGAGCUGAGUCGAGGAAUUCGUUUUGUUUGUUAACUGGAAGAUUUUAAAUGCUCCCACUUUUCUCCCUCCUCAGGCUGCAGAAAAGAAUUCAAGAACUUGGAAGUAGGCUGUAAGUCUCAUGACCCAGAAUCACAUCCACAAAUAAAAAACCCUGUAAUGAAAAGGUCCCGUGGACGCGACCCCAGCGGGAAGCUGCUCCCUGCGUCGGGGCCACACGUCCUCCGGGGCCUCCCAGCUGGUGAGCUCACCCUGUCGGGGGAGCAAAAGCCUGAACAGGCCAGCGAGUGCCAAUUUCCCGCUCAGCCAGAUGGAGGCAGCUCCGAGGGGACAGGUGUGCUCUCUCACACCGAUGCUAGUCCUGCUUCUGGAAUGAGAACGAACAGCGAUGACUUCGCACCAGCCUCGGUGCCAGGGAGAGCUGCCGGGCUCCCGCCCAGCGCUGCCCCCCUCGCCCGGCAGUGCAUGGCCAUGGGCCCGUGCUCCCCGGAGACCUCCCCACCCAGGGGGCGAGGGGCUCCGUCCCCUCGCAGAGCCGACGGUGGUCAGGUGCCAAAACUCAUUUGCCAGAAUCCACCACCCCCUUUGCCACCAAAAAGGUAUGCUGUGACCCGUGUGCCACAGCCAGGGAAAAACGGCCCUGCACCCGCGGCCAGGCUCCCAGAGGCGCCCAGUGCUCGCUCGGCUGGUCCUCCGCCGCUCAGCACGGGGACAGCAGAACCGGGCUCCACAGUGAGCGCCCCUUCCCAGGACGAAAGGCUCAAGCAGACGGUCCAUGCGAGAGAGCGCAUGGGCGCCGCCCGGAACCCCCCGGCCAGCUCAGCCAGCGGUGCCCAGGCGGGCCUGGGGGCAGGUGUGGCUGCCUCGUGCCAACCAGCAGACUGGAGUCCGGCCUGUCCCAGGGAGACCAUCUGCCUCACCACCUACUUCUCCGUCGACAGCUGCAUGACCGACACGUACAGGCUCAAGUACCACCAGAGGCCCAAGCUCUGCCUCCCGGAGCGCUCCAGCUGGGGGAGCGAGAACCCGGCCCCUCUGGGCGCAGGAGGCCUGGGACCUACACUGCCGGACAGCCUCGGGGCAAGCUGCCCUCCUGAGCAAAGACACAAACCCAGUGUCCACUGUGAUAGAUGAACCAGGACCCCGCAGCUCACGCUCAGAGGCCAUCACAGCAGGAGGGAGAUCGACGGACCGAGCCUAGUGAGCAAUGAAACGAAAACCGUGGUGUUUGUCAUUUGUCACUUUAGCUUCCUCUGUGUACUUUACCUCGAGACAAUCAACUUACUGGGUAUUUUAGAAAUCCGUUGAGUCUUGGCUUGCCUCGAAAAAUAGGGGCGUGCAGAAAGUCACUUAUUGUAUGCUGUGGUUGAAUAAAAAUGGAGUCUGUCCCUUUAUUUUGUGGUUGGUAGAACCCCGAGUGUGAGAGGACCCAGAACUCGUGUGUGGAGAUGGCUACCCUGUGCUAACUGAAACGUGCCAGGGGAUGUGUAGCGGCAGGCAAAGCCGGCUGGGCUUUCUGAACAGGCACUUUCUCGUAGGGCCAAAGGACACUUGGCCAGCCCGUGGGUUCCGACUUCUUAGACAAUACCAACCCGUGAAAUUGAUAGCAUUUGGGGGAAAAGCCUUAAUGAUAAAGACAUUUUUAAAAUAUAUAUAUUUUUUAUUGAUUUCAGAGAGGAAGAGAGAGGUAAAUAGAAAUACAAACAUCAUGAUGAGAGAGAAUCAUUGAUCAGCUGCCUCCUGCACGCCCCACACUGGGGAUUGAGCCCGCAACCCAGGCCUGUGCCCUGACUGGGAAUCGAACCAUGACCUCCUGGUUCAUAGGUCGGCGCUCAACCACUGAGCCACACUGCUGGGCAAUAAAGAAAAUUAUAAAUUCAAUACUCAAGGUCAAAACAGGAGAAACUUAUUUUGCUCCUAGAACUUUCAUAUUCAGAAUGCCUAGUUAACAUCAGUUUGGCCUUUGACUGUUGUAUCAAUAAACAAUACUUCAGCCAGGUAAGCUAAAAAUAAUAAAAUACUUAGCUUUAGUAUAUUUAUUUAUCUUGUUACUUUUUUAAACGUUUGUAUGAAAUGUGAAUGGCCUUUAUUUUGGUGUGGUUACUGUGGGCUGCUAGUGACCAGUGUUGGAAGGUGACCUAGUGCCUCCUGGGAACCUCAGUGGCCGCCUGGCUUUUCUCUUCUGUCUGUAGGUUGGCAACCCAUUUUGUUGAUUUUCUGAUUCUUGUAUCUGAAAAUCCUUGCGGGUUUCCAGAUAAAAUUGUUGCCUUUGAUUUAGAGGGUUUAAUUUGAAUGAAUGUCGUUUUACCCUAACUACACUCAUGGAGUGGGCUCUAUUUUUAAAUAAAAUAAAGGAAUCUCCCAUUAUUACGAUGAACUCACAAGUGUGUGAGUUACUUUGUCUUAUGACUUUAUUAGUUGUCAUUCUGUACUAACUGAGGAACCUAAUUGUGGCUCAACUGAGUUUCACAUUGUCCACACCCGAGAAUGAAGAACGACACACUGAAAGCUUUUCUUGCCUUUGCCAGUGGGUAAAGUUUAUAGGUAGAACUUGAUCAUUUAUAAACUGAUUACUAAAUUUAAUACUUUGACCAAUUCCAUAAAUUAAAAUAUUCCAAAAUGUAAAUGAUUAAAAAUACUUCUAGACAAAUAGAAAGUAAUUGCUUACAAAAAUCUAACUUUACCCAGUUAUCAAAUCUUAGAGUUGUCUUCCACCAAGAAGGCUUUUUAAUAGCCUUUUCUAACUACGAUAGUGAUUGUUACCUUCUCUUCAUUUAGAAAUACUUGAAUAUCAACUAAAUUACAUUUUAUCUUUUAAGAAAGCGUAUUUUUAACAUGACUUUGAGUAUGGAGCAUUUGUAAAUAUUGUAAACUUUGUAAACUUUGAAAUGUCAGUGUAUAUAAACAUUGCUUUUAUAACAUUGUAACAUACUAGAAAAUGGGCUUCAUGUAUUUUUAAUAGCUUUCAAAAAUCUUUUGUGUAGGUUUUUAUUCUACUGGUCAAGAUGUUCAGUUGAGAUGUAUUAUUUGAAAUAGCUAAACUGAUUUCUGAUAUUUAACAGCCAUCUCAUAGAUUUGAAUUUACACUCACAGUUGAGUUCAAACUAGGAAUGCCCCCUUGGACUCCUGUUAGAGUGCUGUCCGGCCAAAACAUCCCGAAUCAUGUAACAGCUUGAACAGGCUGGAAAUGACCGUUCGUCUUCAUGUGAGAACACUCCAAAUACAGUUUGAGUGCUUAUUUAGUAACUAAUAAUCCACAUCUAAAAUUUUUAUUUUUAGGGUGCCUAUUUAUUUUUAUAGGUGUUUUCUGCUUAUAAACUAUGAUAAUUUUGAAAUAAUGCAACCAAUUGUAAUGUUCAAAAUACUUGUCUUCCAAAUGUUCUAUUUUCAUGUGAAAUGAGUUUUUCCAGUUCAAAUUUUUUUUUUUUUUAGAUAAACUGAUCUUUAAGUUGA